GCAAAACACCGUAUUGGUGUUGCGAUUGGCGAAUCGAUCCUGGACCUCUCCGCCAUUGCUCACCUCUUCGACAGUCUAUCACUGAAAGGACAUCAGGACGUUUUCAGACAGGAGACGUUGAAUGCCUUCAUGGGCUUGCCUCGAGCCGCGUGGGUAGAAGCUCGGGCGAUUAUUCAGAAGCUGCUCCGAGACGAUGUCCCAACACUCAAGGAAAAUCCGGAGCUGAGAGCUAAGGCGAUUGUGAGCCAAAAGGACGCCACCAUGCAUCUUCCUGCUACAAUCGGAGACUACACCGACUUCUACUCGUCGAUCUAUCACGCCACUAACGUUGGCAUCAUGUUCCGCGGCAAGGAAAACGCUCUUAUGCCUAACUGGUGA